ACGGAAGGACGGACUGGCCAAAAUAAGUCAGUAAGACAUGCUGCAGCUGCAGACAGCGGGCGGGAUGAGCUGGGCUACCUGUAACUAAAGCGGAAAGCUGCUCUGCAGCGUCUCAUUCUAUAUCCUACCCUUUAUUUCCUCAUGUGUUGAGGGCGGAAGUUUGAAGCUAGCGGAUAUUUGUGAAUCAAUGGCCCCGAGUGUAUAAACCUAGAGGAGCCCCGCAGUGCGAGCCGGGCGCAGGAGUAGGAUGGAUACAAUCUGAAAAUGAGACUAUCAAUGAUGUUUUAUUUCUGCAGCAGUAACAUCCUAAGUGCUAAUAUGAUGCACUGAGCACCUGGUGCAGUUUGCUGCUGAAUGAUCAUAUAAAGGAGAGACUGAGUGGAUUCUCCAGUUCUUUUAUGCAGACGAUAGAUCAUUCAUCAGAAUGUCUGUAAGUGCAACAGAAAAUGAUAUCCCCCGGUUCUUUGUGGGGUGUGAGGAAUCUGAUGAACUAUUGGACCAAAGCAAAACAGAAAACCUGGAUAACCUGUACGAGCACACUGAAGAUGAGGAGGAGGAAGAGGAUGAUGAAUAUGACUCUCCACCCGAGAGGCAGAUCGUGGUAGGAAUUUGUGCUAUGGCAAAGAAAUCUAAAUCUAAACCGAUGAAAGAAAUCCUGGAACGCCUGUCCUUGUUCAAGUAUAUAACUGUUGUAAUUUUUGAAGAAGAUGUAAUUUUAAACGAGACAGUGGAAAAUUGGCCUUUGUGCGACUGUCUCAUUUCUUUCCAUUCGAAAGGCUUUCUGUUGGACAAAGCAGUUGCAUAUGCCAAACUCAGGAAUCCAUUUGUAAUCAAUGACUUGAAUCUGCAGUAUCAUAUACAAGACAGGAGAGAAGUAUAUCGGAUCCUGAAAAAUGAGGGAAUUCUGCUUCCCCGAUAUGCUGUUCUUAAUAGAGAUCCUAACAAACCAGAAGAAUGCAAUUUAAUUGAAGGAGAAGAUCAUGUUGAAGUUAACGGGGAAAUAUUUCAAAAGCCAUUCGUAGAAAAACCAGUUAGUGCCGAGGACCAUAAUGUUUACAUUUAUUAUCCAACAUCAGCUGGUGGAGGCAGCCAGCGCCUUUUCAGAAAGAUUGGCAGCCGGAGCAGUGUGUAUUCACCAGAAAGCAGUGUACGGAAGACUGGGGCAUACAUUUAUGAAGAGUUUAUGCCAACAGAUGGUACUGAUGUGAAGGUUUACACCGUUGGCCCAGACUAUGCGCAUGCUGAGGCUCGGAAAUCACCCGCUUUGGAUGGCAAGGUAGAACGUGAUAGUGAAGGAAAGGAAGUACGGUAUCCUGUCAUUCUGAAUGCCAGAGAGAAGUUAAUUGCAUGGAAAGUCUGCCUUGCUUUUAAGCAAACAGUCUGUGGUUUUGAUUUGUUACGUGCAAAUGGACAGUCCUAUGUAUGUGAUGUAAAUGGAUUCAGCUUUGUAAAAAAUUCCAUGAAAUAUUAUGACGACUGCGCCAAAAUACUUGGAAACAUUAUCAUGAGAGAACUCGCCCCUCAGUUUCAUAUCCCAUGGUCCAUACCACUGGAGGCAGAAGAUAUACCCAUUGUUCCAACCACAUCCGGAACAAAGAUGGAGCUCAGAUGUGUAAUUGCAGUGAUUAGGCACGGAGAUCGAACACCAAAGCAAAAAAUGAAAAUGGAAGUUAGGCAUCAGAGGUUCUUUGAUCUCUUUGAAAAAUAUCAUGGUUACAAGACUGGAAAAAUAAAACUGAAAAAACCAAAGCAGUUACAGGAAGUGCUGGACAUUGCACGGCAGCUUCUCGUUGAAUUAGGUCAAAACAAUGAUUCAGAAAUUGAAGAAAGCAAAGCAAAACUGGAACAGCUAAAAACUGUAUUGGAAAUGUAUGGGCACUUUUCUGGAAUAAACCGUAAGGUUCAGCUAACCUAUCUCCCUCAUGGCUGCCCUAAAACCUCAAGUGAAGAAGAAGACUGUCGAAGAGAUGAACCAUCACUACUUCUAGUACUGAAGUGGGGAGGGGAGCUGACUCCGGCAGGACGGGUGCAGGCAGAAGAGCUAGGCAGGGCAUUUAGGUGCAUGUAUCCUGGAGGACAAGGGGACUAUGCUGGAUUUCCUGGGUGUGGCUUGCUGAGGUUACAUAGCACCUAUCGGCAUGACCUUAAAAUCUAUGCAUCGGAUGAAGGAAGGGUCCAGAUGACUGCUGCAGCCUUUGCAAAAGGUUUACUUGCACUAGAGGGUGAACUAACCCCAAUAUUGGUUCAGAUGGUGAAAAGUGCUAAUAUGAAUGGUUUACUGGACAGUGACAGUGACUCUCUGAGUAGCUGCCAGCAUAGAGUAAAAGCAAGACUUCAUGAAAUUCUGCAGCGAGAUAGAGACUUCAGCCCUGAGGACUUCGAGAAGCUUACCCCAACUGGAAGUGUUUCCCAGAUUAAAUCAAUGCAUUUUGUUAAGAACCCAGUGAAGACCUGUGACAAGGUGUAUUUUCUUAUCCAAAGCCUGACCUCUCAAAUCCGACAGAGGAUGGAAGACCCCAAAUUUGCAGACAUUCAGCUGUAUCACAGUGAGACACUGGAGCUCAUGUUGCGCAGAUGGUCUAAGCUGGAAAAAGACUUCAAAACCAAGAAUGGGAGAUAUGAUAUUAGCAAAAUCCCAGAUAUAUAUGACUGCAUUAAAUAUGAUGUACAGCACAACUGCUCAUUGAAGCUGGAAAACACAAUGGAGUUGUACAGGCUUUCCAAAGCCCUGGCAGACAUAGUUAUCCCUCAGGAAUAUGGAAUAUCCAGACCAGAGAAGCUAGAGAUUGCCAAAGGUUACUGCACUCCACUUGUCCGAAAGAUUCGCUCAGAUCUGCAGAGAACUCAGGAUGAUGACACAGUGAACAAACUUCAUCCACUGUAUUCCAGGGGUGUCAUGUCUCCAGAGCGCCAUGUGCGCACCCGCUUGUAUUUUACAAGUGAGAGCCAUGUCCAUUCACUUUUAUCUAUCCUCCGCUUUGGAGCACUGUGUGACGAGACAAAAGAUGAGCAGUGGAAGAGGGCAAUGGACUAUCUAAAUGUUGUCAGCGAGCUGAACUACAUGACCCAGAUUGUGAUCAUGCUUUAUGAAGACCCCAAUAAGGAUGUUUCAUCAGAAGAAAGAUUUCAUGUUGAGCUGCACUUCAGUCCAGGAGCGAAAGGCUGUGAAGAAGAUAAAAAUUUGCCUUCUGGCUUUGGGUAUAGACCUGCUUCCCAAGAGAAUGAAAGCUCCAAGAAGCACACUCAUGGAAAUGACAGCGAUGAGGAAUCCGGUGUGUGCCGAAGAGAUGAACCUGACCGAGCAGUUGUUAUGUUUAAGCCCUUGGUGUCUGAUCCCAUUCAUAUACAUAGGAAGUCUCCAUUACCCCGGUCCAGGAAGAUAGGCUCAGUGGAGGAAGGGAGCCCCCUGAGUGUGUCUAGCCCAGAGUGUAUCGGUACCUGGAUGCAUUACACCGGUGCUGUGGGUUCUGGGCGUCGAAGACGCAGAUCAGGGGAUCAAAUCACUUCUUCCCCUGUGUCCCCUAAAUCAUUGGCUUUCACAUCCAGUAUUUUUGGCUCAUGGCAACAGGUACUUUCAGAUAACAAUAGUCAUUUGAGAAGCGCUAGACAUCUGGAACAAAAACACAGUGGGUUAGGGUCUCAGUGUGCUGGCCUGUUUAGCACUUCAGUGCUCGGGGGUUCCUCAAGUGCACCUAACCUACUGGAUUAUGCUCGUGCUCAUCGUAAAAAGCUGACUUCUUCUGGCUGCAUAGAUGACGCCACACGCAGCUCUGCUGUUAAAAGAUUUUCUAUCUCAUUUGCUCGACACCCAACCAAUGGAUUUGAGCUCUACUCCAUGGUGCCUUCCAUAUGUCCUUUAGAAACACUUCACAACUCCUUGUCCUUAAAGCAAGUGGAUGAAUUCCUUGCUGCCGUGGCAGCUCCCUCGAGCGACUUCCAGAUGGACACACCUACUGCUUCUCCUUCCACUCCUGGAUUCUACACUCAUGUCGGUGGCAGGAAAAUAUCCUUGAAUACCUAUACCCCAACAAAAAUACUCCCACCACCAUUUUCCCUUUCUACAGAUGUUGAAAUGUCAGAUUCUGUGUUUCAGAGCUGCAGCUCAACAAGUAUGGCGCCAAGGCCGGAUGAUUCUGCUGAUCAUAAUACAGAGGAAACACCAUCAGGCACAACAUGAUUAAAGACCACUGUGCUCGACCAAACCAAAUCCAUGUUCCGGGGCCAGGUUGCUUCUUCUAAGAACCACGGAAUAAGAAAGAGUAUCAUUGUUGCAGGUUUUUUAUAUAUAUAUAUAUACUGCUUAUUGUUUUGUAUAUACAGAUAAAAUGAAUAAUUAUUAAUUUUUGUUUACAUUGUAAAUAACUUGCAAUUAUGCCAAGAGACACAAACACAUGCCAAUACUUUGCUGUUACUUAAUUUUAAUCUGCAAUGGAGAAACUGUAACAUUCUCCACAUUUACAAUAAAAUAUUUUAUUGUAUAUUAA